UUGUUGCAACUUUUUCUGGAUCGGUGCAUCAACAUCGUACAAUGUAUGAUUUGGUCUGGUGCAUGUCGUAAUACGAAUCAAUUACCUACUCGUAUUGGUUAUAAUGAAUAACAACUUCAUAUCAUCGUUUCAUGACUUUUGAACAUCAUUUAUGCUCCUGACAAAUAUGGCCGCUCAUGUCGUCGUAGCGAAGACGCGAUAGUUGCUCUCAUUGUGGAUCUGCAUGCCUUGAUUUCGUUAUCUCCUCGGUGGAAUAGGCAGGAAGGACGAGCAUCGCGAUGGUGGACCCCGGAGAUGCUCAUCUCAAGGCGGAAAUCGUGCUUUGGGCAAUCACUUUCGUCUCUGCUGUGACUAUCACCGCAGUGGGAGACCGCUGCCGUGGCCUUCUUCGAUUUGUAAUCGGCGGUGCGUGUUUCUUUGCGAUCUGUGAACGGCUCAUCCCAAGACCGGAGUUCCCGCUAGUAUCUUCACAUCAAAGUUUGUCUUUGCAGGAAACGUUUGAAUAUGAGGAACUCACCUCCUCAGCCUCGGCUGCGGUCGCAACUCGAGCGAACACAACGACCCAUGUUGGCGAGCAGAAUCCUAUACCUGCAGUGUCAGACUUUCUCCUGUUGUCUGCGCCGACAAGUAUUUUCGACUUUCCCGAAGAACCUCGUUAUGACGCACAGCGCGUAGUUCUUUUCGGGACCCCUGAAGAUGACGGAACAAACUUGGACUUUGCGAGGCGGGCAUUUUACUCCUACAGAUUGACCUUUUGGCUGCGAUUCUCGAUAAUUACCACUGCGGCCGUUGGCUUCGCGGCUUUAAGUUCUCUCUCGCGUAGAGCAUGCAUGAUCACAGUGGGUGGCGCUCUUGGUUUGUACGUUGUUGCGCCGUGGCUCGCAGUUGCAGCUGGUCGCAUACUGGCACUAGACUCUCCUGAGGGCGCUUCCGGAAUUCGGACUAUUACAGGGAAUAUAGUCACUAGAGGAGCUCACCGUCCUGAGCAGUCGUCGUCCGCACAAGGUGAAAGCGAAUCAUUUGUACUGGUGCUAGCAAUACGCAACCAACUUUUGAAGCUACAACCGUCUCUAUCAACAACUACAACAGCUGCUGCAUCUUCCCUGUUUCAUAACUUCGAAGCUACAUAUUUUCUCCGACACGCAGCGCUUGUCUGGCUGCCAUGUCUUCUUGUCGGCCUCGUGUUUGCCCUGCUGAUACCUCGUGCGGCCUUCUGUACACUCAUUCCGAUUGGAGUCUCGUCUGCCGGAGCCGAAGGACUUGUGAACCUACUCAUUAGUCUUGUGCAAUUGUUAUGGCUCACGAUAAUUCAUCCACAAAGGAUGUACUAACAUCUUCCAAUAAUGUCCUUUUUACGAAAGAACCAGGUCCUCGAGGGAACAAUAGAUUUGCCUAGGUGGAAAUGGAUUAUUGUGAGUUCUAAAAUUUUAUGGCAAAGAUGCUGAUCGUAACCGUCCACUCUGGUUUAUUUCUUACCGGCUGCUACCAAAUCGUACUCCGACACUAUUGCGGCCGAUACUGAGCUUCUCCCCGAGCGGCAGUAAUUCCAGUACACCGAUGGCCUCUGAUGUACUCACAGUCGCCUUCUGGCAAAAGGUCUGGUCUGCCUGUGGAUUGGCGACAAGGAGGCUGUUUCACGUAAACCAGCACUUGCGGCUCUUGGCUUUAGGCGCUUCCGGUCUCUCGCAUCUGGAAAGGCGCAGUAAUGCUAGAGUGGUUUUUGCGGAUCCCGACCCGUUACAGGAUAGGUUGUAUAUUCGAAACUUGGCUGUGCAUGUGGAAAAUUCUGGAGCUGACUCUGGAGAUGUGGGUGCAACAUCUUUUCCAAGUUUUUUUCAUACGGUUCCCGGUCAAAUACUCAUAGCAGCACCACAAGGAGUUAGACCGUUGCAAAAUAUUGUGGAUGCUCGGACACGCUUCCAGCAUCUCCGUAGAGGGCAGGACGCUGGUCAGCUAAGCGACGUCGAUCGAUUCCUCUGGCAGGACUCGGCUGACGAGCGCUUAGCACCGUUGAAACUAAGUUGGAAAGCUGACUUUUCUCCUUCUGUGUUUGUGUAUUGUUUGUAUGGAAUCGUGUUCUUGUCGCUGCUGCUGACGUCAUCUGCGUUGCAGUGGUCGCGAGCCUUACAGGAUGAAGAGGAUGAGGAGGACAACGAAAACUCAACAUUAUCUCUGGAGGACGCUGCCCGAAAAGGAAAAAGAGGAGGAGUCUGUUCUCGUCGCCGAUCUUGGGGCCGCCAUCGAAGGGGUUAUUCGCGAAGGCGCUCCAGCAACUCUUGUUAAGGAUUAACUGCGUAAAAAGGAACCAAAUCAUAAUCAAUCUUUCUGUGGGUGUGAUAUGAUAAAAGAUACAACUACUUCUACUUCCGGUUGUAGUGACUAAUCUAUCUUCAGUGUUAAUCUUAUGGCGCGGAUGUUUCGACAUUCAAUAGAUGAUACAAGAAACCAAGUAACUGAAAAUAAAUGGCGGGAAAAUAUUUGUGCUACGCGAGCUCCGGCGACUGCUAAUUUCUCGGUAACACGACAGAGGACGGUGCAGGCUCACGCACGCAGAAUGAGAGUGUAAUCGAGAUCGAUACCGGGAAUAGUUCGCCGCAGGAUAGCACCGACUUGGAGUCUCUCUCCCCCGGAGAGAGGGAUCUUGAAUUCGAAAUGGAUCUUGACUGCGGACGAGGUCGUUUGCCUCGGACCAGUGUAGUUUUGUCAAAAUCUCACAGCAAGCGGAACAAGAACGAAGGAGGAACUUCGAAUGGUGCGAGAGGAAAUUCUAAGGUGUCCGACCUUCGGAAUCGUUCAACCACAUCAUCCUCCAAAAGAAAAAAGGAAGAAAGACGAGUGCGAUCGACUAGAAAUAGUCCAAAGCACGAUAAGACUGCGUAUAGGGAUAAUAGUUCCUCGGCUGAUGAUAAGGUCCUCAACCCUGGAGAUGACAACACUAUGUCAAAAAAAGGAAGACACCUGAGGCGGGAUCACGAAAGAAGGAACGACAGCACGAAUCGACGACACAAAUUGGCAAGCGAAGCGUCUUUUAGAAGAGAUGAAAAUACCUUGCGCAGCCAUAAUCAGCAACUGGAAGACCAAGAAGGCUCACGUGGGCGACGUCGUUCUGAGUUUGAUUUUGCAGAAUUGCGUGAGGCCUGCCGAAGGCCAAUAAGGCAUUAGCUGUAUUCAAAAUUUUAAUUUGGAUUUGCAUUCACAAUCGCAUCUUUUGUCCCCUAUCCAUGAAGUAGGUAAGGAAGUAUCACGAACUGAGUUAUACUAUCGUCGUCAAUUUAUGAUUCACUACUACAACUACUAUCAUAAAGGAAUCGAUUUUUGAGGUAUUAUCUAUGCUGAUUACUGGCUACUAUGAAAAACCCGAUCGGAUUAACACAUUUCUAUGUCCUAUGUAUUGGAUCCGUCAGCAAAUUGAUAGCACAAAACAAUCGAACAUAGCUGUAUGUAGAAACGCUACCUUCUAUGAACACGGCAAUCUGAAGUAACGAACUAGCGGAUACCUUCAUAUUGAUUUCAUGUGUGGCAAGCCGAUUCUCUUUGUAUUCUAAGCAUAAUUAUAUAUAAAUAUUGACGCACUCAUCAUACAGGCUAAAAGUAAAAUCAUUCAUGGAAUUUUUCAAGCCCUAUUGUCAUAGGUAGUAGAAAGAUUAUCUUUACAAGCGAAUUUCCGUUUCAAUCCUUAUGUCAUGUCCAUCCAUCAUCAUAAGUUUUCGUAAAUUGAUUAUAUCUUUUACUUUCCUGAUAAUGCUGGUAUGAACGUGGUAGUUGUUGUCAUAAAGUAUACUUCCAAUCAUCGCAGACUAGCCAAAAUAUCUACAGCGCGUUCAAAGAUGAAUUAGUUACCACUAGCUAAGAAAAACAGGAAAAGGCAGUUCAUUGUUGUACAGAAUGCUCAUCAAAGAAUGUGAACUUGUUUCGAGUAGGCCUCAACAAAGCUGGGAUCUUUGAUGGCUCCUUUGCCUACUGUUGUUCUUCAGAGGCUAUUGGCUUAUAGCUCUCUCCGAUAGUUGUAGUUGUUGGCCGUUGGCAUACGCAUACGGUCCUAUGCUCCCGCAGUAUAUAACUGUUUAAUUGCUCGGUAUAAAUAUUGAAGUGAUUAAAAGGGAGGCAGCGUAUAGUUCUAUGGAAAAAAAAGAUUGAGAAUCAAAUUGAAACCUCCUCUCACUUCGGCGUCGCGACUUGUUGUUGCUCUCUCUGCUGCUCACAAAUGGAUUUAUUGAUCUCUGCGCUAUCAACAUGAGCAGGCAAGGUGUGCCCUAUUUUUUCACAUGCCUAGGAAAGCGAGC